CAGCGAAGACAUACUCAAGUGCUGCCUUGUCACACUCUCUCUCUCUCUCUUCUUCUUCUUCUUCUUCUUACAAAACCCUCCAAUCCCAAUUCUUAUACUUCCCCAAAACAAUCUUUUAUAUCUCUCUGUCUCUCUUCUCUCUCCCUCUCCGUAUGUGUAGGGUCGGAGUCAAAUACGACACUGUUUUAAGGGUUGCAAUUUGCAACCUUUUGAUUGGUCUCUCUUCUCUUUGCCCAACCAAAAACAACCUUUGAUGAUAUAAAGAUCAGCCAACUUUGUCCAUUCCAAAUCUCUUUCCUUUUUCCCCUAAUGUUUUAGACAAUCCCACUUUCCAUAUUUAUUUAUUUUAUUAAUUUCUAUUUGUUUUUGGGGUAUAUAUCAUCAUCAUCAUCAUUGGAGAACUCCAUAUAUUUGUUGAUCGUGAUAUUAAAUUAAAUAAAUGUCUCAAACGAGCUAUUACCGAUCACCGUUCGGAGACACGACUUACACCAAAGUGUUCGUUGGAGGAUUAGCAUGGGAAACUCCUACGGAAGAAAUGCGUCGUUACUUCGAUCAGUUCGGGGAGAUUCUUGAAGCCGUCAUCAUCACCGAUAAAAACACCGGCAAAUCUAAAGGCUACGGAUUCGUGACCUUCCGGGAGGCAGAUUCUGCGACAAGAGCCGUCGCUGAUCCAAAUCCUGUGAUCGAUGGGAGAAAAGCUAAUUGUAAUAUUGCAUCUUUUGGAAGGCCUCGACCAUCGCCGCCUCGAGGACGAGGACAAACAGGAAGUCCGAGUCAAUACCAAAGUGGAGGACCAUCAGCCUAUACCGGGAUGGCUGCACCGCUGCCACCGGCUGCAGCUGGCCAGCUCAUGUAUCCCUCCUACGGGUACACCUAUAACCCUGAUCAAUUUGGGUACCACCAACAGGCACUGUACAACACACAGUUGCAGCAAGCUCAGUACUAUCAGCAGCAACAGCAACUAUAUGGAGGGGGAGCAACAUCACCAUCAUCAUCAGGAGCAACCAUCAUGCCUUCUCCUUAUUAUUACGGAUAUUCUCUUCAAGCCCCUAGAGUACCAUACCAACAUCAUCAUCAUCAUCUUCCUCAACCAUAUAAUCCUCAACAACAGCAUCAACGGUUUUCUUCUCCCUCUUUCCUCGUUUACCCAUCCAAUUCCUCUUUUGCCCCUCCUCUCCAAGGACUACUCUCUUCUUCCACCGAAUCUGAAGCAGUACCACAACAAGUAUCAACAUCAUCAGCAGAAGGCGAAGCAACAACAACUGCUCCUGAAAUUACAGCCAGCAGCAACACCAAAGAACCUAUUUCAAGUUCUUGAUCUUUCUUUCUCUCUCACAUUUCCCAAUUUGUACAAUCUUCACAUUUUUACCCCUCUCUCUCUCUCUAUCUAUCUCUGAGAAAACAAGAAAAAACAGCUAAUUCAUUUAUUUCUCAACCAGAGCUAUGACUUGAGCCCCAAGAAGAC